AUGGCAAACUCAAGAUUUGAAUAUGUCAAGUCCUUCGAGCAGCCGGACGUGCUGCUCCCCAAUACGUGGAUUGUGGUCCGCAUCGAUGGACGAGGAUUUCACAAAUUGUCGGACCACUACUCUUUCGCAAAACCCAAUGACCGUGCGGCAUUGGACUUGAUGAAUGCAGCUGCAGUUGAAGUCAUGAAAGAUCUUCCAGACCUUUGCAUUGCCUAUGGCGUCAGUGACGAAUACAGUUUCGUCUUCCAUCCCAGCUGCCAACUCUUCGAACGACGCAAUGGGAAACUAGUGACCACCAUUGUCUCUACAUUCACAGCGCACUACAUUUACAAGUGGAACCAAUACUUCCCUGGUAAACCUCUCCAGCCGCCGUAUCUGCCUUCUUUCGAUGGGCGUGCGGUCAUCUAUCCGAAUAGUCAGAUUCUGCGCGAUUAUAUGAGCUGGAGGCAAGUUGAUUGUCACAUCAAUAACCUGUACAACACAACCUUUUGGACAAUGGUGCUGCAGGGUGGAAUGAGCAACACAGAUGCCGAGCAAGAACUCAAGGGCACUGUAUCUGCAGAUAAGAACGAGAUUCUAUUCUCGAGGUUUGGAAUCAAUUACAAUAAUGAGCUGGAGAUCUAUAAAAAGGGCAGCGUUCUGUAUCGCCAGCAGUACGAGCUAGAGGAACCCAAGUCUACAAAAUCAGCAGAUGAAGAACCAUCAGUGGCCCAGACGCAACAGUCAAGGUCACAGCAAGACAAGAUCCGGAAACUGCGCCGGAAAGCACAGGUCGUCGUUGACCAUGUCGACAUCAUUAAAGAUGAGUUCUGGGAGAAAAGGCCGUGGAUUCUAUCGGGCAAACCUGGAAAACUACCAGCAGCUUAG